AUGGCCAACGGCGUUAUGUUGAAGAGUAGGGUGCUCAAAGUGAACCUUUUUUGGAAAAUGGAUGUUGAUGUUUACUUAACCAGCAACAAACUGUGGACAAGUCUCAGCGACGAGUUGGAAACACGCACGACGAGCCCCCCUAAACAAUCCUCACCAGCAAGAGAUGGAGUGCCUUCUACCGGCAUCAACCUCAUAUUCGGCCAACAGCAACACAACUUCCCCGACAUGUUGCAACCAUCGGCUAUACAGUCAUUCAGGCUGUGGCAGGUGUUCCUCAGCAACGUUCAUCCCUUGACGAAGAUCGUCCAUGGCCCCUCAAUUCAAGAAGAGAUACUUAGAGUCCUCCAGGAUCCUUCAAAAAUUGAAAAAUCAAUGGAAUGCCUCUUGUUUUCUAUAUACCUCAUCGCAGUUGUAUCCUUGACGGAGCAGGAAUGCCGAGACGUCCUCGACGAAUCUAGAGAAAAACACCUUGCCAGGUACCGCUAUGCAACAGAGGCAGCAUUGAGUAGGGUGGACUUUCUGAGGUCAACUGAUCUUAGGGUUCUGCAAGCAUUCACAUUAUACCUGCUCGCUCUUCGACACCUAUGUGACAACGAUGUACUCUGGCUUUUGACAGGGCUAGCCACCCGAAUGGGACAACGAAUGGGUUUGCACCGUGAAAGCUCGCUCAAAGACCUGUCUCCGUUUGAUGCAGAAAUGCGCCGACGGGUAUGGUGGCAGAUUAUCAUUCUGGAUGGUCGUGCGGCGCAAGUCACGGGGGCAUCCAUGAACCCUGCAGUAUAUCUCCUAGGCGACACGAAGCAACCUGCCAACGUCAACGAUGCGGAUCUCGUCCCUUCGAUGGGGGCGUCUCCUCCAGUGUCGCCUAUAACCACCGAAAUGGUCUUCUGCUCCAUUCGAAUCGAUAUUGGUACCUGGAUGAUGCAGCAAAAGACACUCCCAAGCUUCUCCGCGGCAGGAGAAGGGACAAGCAAGUUUCUAAAAACGAUUGACGACCUCGAGAAUCACAUUGAACGUAAAUAUCUGAAGAAUAUUGACACCAACAUUCCUCUGAACCAAUUAGCUUUUGCUCUUGCCCGAUCCGCAAUCAGCCAAUUGAGGAUAUCAGCUUGUCACCCUUUACGCCGGCCAGAAAGAGGCACGAACUUGACGCCUGAACAGAUGGAAGGGCUGCUACAAAACAGCCUUGAAGUAAUCCGCUACGAUAUCCUAACACAUACAAUGAGAUCAAUGGCGCCUUUUCUGUGGCAUGUGUCCAACUUCUUCCCAUUUGAAACCUUCGUCUUGCUUCUAGGCGCCUUGUCGAGUUGUUCGACCAGCCAGGCGGCCGAAGCUGCCUGGGAUGUGGUCAAUCAGGUCUACGAACACCACCCUUCUUUCAUCAAGAAUCGGAAUGAACCGCUGCACCGCGCGCUGGGAAACCUCACCCUGAAGUCUUGGAGCCAAGGGAUCGCAAAUGCAAGGAAAGGUGGUCUGCAAGAGCCAGCAGAGCCGCCUUGUAUUGGAAGACUGCUUCAAGAGAGAUCGCCAUUGGCUCGUACGUCACAAGCAAGUAGCAAUUACACGGCGAGCUUGGGCGACUCCAGUCCGAUAACGCCUCACAGCCAGGGUUUGGACCAAAUGCAUGGAGAAAUUAGCGACGAUGGGGUAAACUACUGGAGUCAGAAUCUUCCACAAGAUAUGAGCGAGAUGUUCUUUGCGAUGGGGGGUGAAUUUUUCAACAGUGAUGGCAUGGGCAUCGAUUCCGAUAUUUGGCAGUCAAUAAUGGGGGAGAUGGCACCUAGCGGACUGGAUGGAUUCAGACAAGACGCAUCAUCUUGCCAGGGAGAUGAAAGUAUGACCUGGUUUCAACGGCCAUAA